GACGACGAACAACACAUAGUGAGUGUGUUGGUGUGUGUGAGUUGAGAGAGGGAGAAGAGAAGAGAAGGAAAGAUCAGUCCUCUCUUCUUUCUUUCUCUUCUCCUUUCUCAGGGGACUAAUUCGUAGCAAAGCCUGAAUCACAUGGCUGACGAACCUUCCCUCACUCGAUGGACAUUUCAAGAUUUUAAGUUAUUUUAUGAUACGAAGUUUGGGAGGAAGAGAAUUCCGGAGACCAAAGAGGCGGAUGCGAAUGGACGAAUGGUAUCUGAUGGCGAUCCAUCAAAUGUGUCAUCUAAUGGGAAUGGACAUUUGAAGAGCAAAUUUGACUUAGCCAUUUACGAGGAGUAUCAGAAUCAGGAUCCAAGGAGGCCGACAUACAGCAAUGGAGUUCCUUCUGCCGUAACUGAUGCACCACAGAGAUCUUUGCUUCCUCCUUUUGAAACUGCUGAGAUGCGUAAUUUAGCAGAAAGUUUGAGUAGGGAUAUUAUCCGUGGCAGUCCAGAUGUUAAGUGGGAAACCAUUAAAGGAUUGGAAAAUGCAAAGCGCCUACUCAAAGAAGCAGUGGUCAUGCCAAUUAAGUAUCCCAAAUACUUUACUGGACUCUUAUCACCUUGGAAAGGGAUUCUUCUCUUUGGCCCUCCAGGAACUGGAAAGACUAUGCUUGCAAAAGCUGUUGCGACAGAGUGCAAAACCAUUUUCAAUAUUUCUGCAUCAUCGAUUGUCAGCAAAUGGCGUGGUGAUUCGGAGAAGUUGGUGAAGGUGUUGUUUGAGCUUGCUAGACAUCAUGCUCCUUCAACUAUAUUUCUUGAUGAAAUUGAUGCUAUCAUCAGCCAACGAGGUGAAGCACGCAGUGAGCAUGAAGCAAGCAGACGAUUGAAAACUGAGCUGCUGAUACAGAUGGAUGGUUUGACUUGGUCAGAAGAACUUGUGUUGUUUUGUUUGGCGGCAACAAACCUUCCAUGGGAACUGGAUGCUGCGAUGCUCCGGCGUCUCUGA